GGCAGUCAAGAUGGCGGCAGCCUGACAGCAGUUGCGGUUUACAGGACAGCGAAGCUCUUGCAAUCAAAGCCAUAACACCGAAGACGAGUCCCAGAAACACAGAAUAAAGCUCUGUGCGCUAAACCUGUGGGCGGCAGCUACGGGGCAGGGACCCCGGCUGAAGUGAACGUUGGUUCUUGACAUCGUAUUUAAUAAAUCUUAUUCAAUAAUAUCUGACUUCAGUUUUCGCGAGAUAAUCCCGAGAUUGUACGGUCUUCAGUUUUUGUAUAUAAUAAUAAUAAUAAUAAUAAUAAUAAUAAUAAUAAUUAAACCACUCAAGCGCCCGAAUAUGAUAGAGUUAAACAAAAAAUAAAGGCAUUCAUAGCAUCUGCUCCACGGCGGACUGGGUCACAGCUGUAGUGGAACUGACCUGUCAGUUAUUGGUGGAUGUAACUGACUGACUGACAGCAGGCUGUUUUGUGUUUACCAGAGGAAUCCCACGAUUUUGGCUCGGGAGAGAGAGAGGGGGUCUUUCCCCGUUCCAGAUCUUCCCGAAUCAAUACCACAAUACCAAAGAAGUCUGUUAGUGCACCUGCAAACCAAAGUGUUUAAACCCUUUGAUUGAAACCCCUGGGCCUGGCACUUGAAUUAUAAGAGGCUGCAUGUGGCACUGAUAGCAUUGCAGAUUAAUUUGACUGUGGAGCGGUGAUUUAGUACUGUAUAAUUUGUAACCUCAACCAAAUAAAAAAAACACCUUGGAGGGAUUCAAGGCCACAACUGAAAAAAAAAAUACAGGACUUAAAUGACAAAAUAGGGUUAAUGUAAAUACUAAGGGCUGUCUGAACUGAGCUCCUGCUGAAAAGGCCUCCUGUUGAUCCCCUGUCAAGUGUUAUAUAUUGUAUUGUACAGUGCACCAAGGAUCUGGGUUGGAAAUCUGUACUGUUGCAAAACCAACUGGGACAACAACCAGAAAGAGUAAAAGAGAGGGAUAUUUCCUCAGAGGAUUCUGUGUGCAGAACUGGAACCAGUAGGGCACUAGCUGGACCUAGGGUGAAAAUGGACCUGGAUGAACCCCAGCAGCUGGACUACUUGACUGACAAUGAUCUGAUGGGGAUGGGGAUGGACACUUUCAUCCACCGCAUUGACUCCACGGAGGUCAUCUACCAGCCGCGGCGCAAGCGGGCCAAGCUGAUCGGGAAGUACCUGAUGGGGGACCUGCUCGGGGAGGGCUCCUACGGCAAAGUGAAGGAGAUGCUGGACUCGGAUACCCUCUGCAGGAGGGCCGUCAAGAUCCUGAAGAAGAAGAAGCUGAGGAGGAUUCCCAAUGGGGAAGCCAACGUCAAAAAAGAAAUCCAGCUGCUACGGAGGCUGAGGCACAAAAAUGUGAUUCAGUUGGUCGACGUGCUGUACAACGAAGAGAAGCAGAAAAUGUAUAUGGUAAUGGAGUAUUGCGUAUGUGGAAUGCAGGAAAUGUUAGACAGUGUUCCUGAAAAGUGCUUUCCAGUAUUUCAGACUCAUGGGUACUUCUGCCAGCUAAUCGAUGGUUUAGAAUAUUUGCACAGCCAGGGAAUAGUCCACAAAGACAUUAAACCAGGGAAUCUCCUGCUGACGACAGACGGCACUCUGAAGAUCUCUGAUCUGGGAGUGGCUGAGGCGUUGCAUCCAUUUGCAGAGGACGACACGUGUAGGACAAGUCAAGGGUCACCAGCGUUCCAGCCCCCUGAAAUAGCCAACGGCUUGGACACGUUUUCAGGGUUCAAAGUGGACAUUUGGUCCGCUGGUGUCACGCUAUAUAACAUUACAACCGGCCUGUAUCCGUUCGAAGGGGACAACAUCUAUAAGCUAUUUGAAAACAUUGGCAAGGGAGACUACAGCAUUCCUGAGGACUGUGGGCCCCUGCUGUCAGACCUACUGAGAGGCAUGCUUGAAUAUGACCCAGCAAAGAGGUUCUCAAUACAACACAUAAGACAACACAAUUGGGUCCGUAAGAAACACCCCCCUUCUGAAGCCCCUGUACCCAUCCCCCCGAGCCCCGAGACGAAGGAUGAGUGGCGGAGCAUGACAGUGGUGCCUUACCUGGAGGAUCUGCACGGAUACAACGAGGAAGAGGAGGAGGAGGAGGAUGAUGAGGAAGAGCUGUUUGACGUGGAGGACGACAUCCUCUACACUCAGAACUUCACAGUACCAGGUAAGAGACUAGAGAUAUCUGUGUCUAUCUUCUUGCCAAAAGUGCUGCCAGUCUAGUUUAA